AUGACAGUCCUACAAUGUAUACCGUUUGAGAAGAUUCUCAACCCCAUGUUGCAUCCAGAGGUUAAAUGCAUCGAUAUGCGUAUCAUGAUGCUCACUCCACCUAUCCUUAACAUCUUCAUGGACCUCUACAUCAUCUGUCUCCCGAUACCCUCCGUUUUGACCCUCCAAAUGAAUCUACGCCGCAAAGUCACCGUCGUCUCCGUCCUCGCCUUCGGCAUUAUCUCCGUCACAGUCGCAAUCAUCCGCCUACCCAUCCUCAUAUCGGUAUCCUCGAUGAAGACAGAUCUAUCAAUAGACGCUGGAAAGAUGAUAAUUGUGGCAUCGUUCGAGGUCCAAUACCGAAUCAACAUGGACUGGCUUUUAGUCACUUCAGUUGCAGGCAUCAGUCUCUUGACUCUACUUACAUGGCGCCGGUACUUCUCCGCAAUCAGCGAUAUACCAGGACCUUUUGCUGCUUCUUUUACUCGUCUUUGGCAUAUGCAUCGGAUCCUGAAAGGCGAUCAAAACCUUGAACUCAUUCGCUUACAUGAACAACAUGGUCACUUCGUUCGUAUAUCAUACGACGAAGUCAGUGUUAGCCAUCCAGACGCCAUUGCGAAGAUCCUCGUAGCUCCUCUCCAUAAGGCAAACUGGUACAAAAUCCACGCCUUACCAGACUAUCGCUUCCAAUCACCCAUGAGCACCACCGACCCCAAGAAGAAAAUCGAGAAAUCAAAAUACAUAGCCGCGGCAUAUACCGUCUCCAACCUCCUCCGAUCCGAAGAGCACAUCGAUCGCACCUUUGAAUCCUUCCUCGGCUGGAUGGACGAAUACGCCACCGCGGAGAAACCAAUGCAUCUCAACACCUGCAUCUCCUACCUAACCUUCGACGUAAUCGGCGAAAUCGUCUUCUCCAAACCCUUCGGUUUCCUCGCCCAAGGCAAAGACAUCGGUAACUCAAUCUCAAACUCCCUCGCUCUGAAUGCGUAUAUCGCUGUAGCAGGUUACUUCCGCUGGCUCAACAUCGCCCUGUUGGCCAACCCGAUUAUGACAUGGCUGUCCAUCUUACCAAUGGGCCAUCUCUUCGACACUGUCAAGUCAGUAUUAGCCGAUCGAGAGAAGAAUGAGAAUGUGAGGUAUGAUGCAGUGCAGUACUGGUUUAAGCAGCAUGAAAAGCAUCCGGAUAAGUUUACCGUUCGGGAGAUUGGUACGCAGGCGCUUGCGGCUGUGGGGGCGGGGUCGGAUACUGUUGCGGCGGGGAUGCAGGCGUUUGUUUAUUAUAUGAUUAGGCAUGAGGAUGCGUGGGAGCGCGCGCAUGAGGAGGUCAACAAAGCAGUAGAGAAGGGGUUGUGUGGGGGUCGGGUGGUGUCUUAUGCUGAUGCGCAGCAACUUAGUUUUGUGCAAGCCUGUGUGAAGGAAGCGCUUCGCAUCUUUGGUCCCGUGCCCAUGGGUCUUCCGCGCAUAGCGCCCAAAGGAGGAUUGGUAAUUGGAGAUCGCAUCAUACCUGAGGGUACUAUUGUGUCAAUCAACCGGGAUAUCGCUGCGAAGGAGAGGUACUUUAUACCUUUUGGAGCAGGUUAUGGCGGCUGUCCAGGCCAAAACAUCGCUAAGAUUGAACUCGCGAAGAUCGCAGCAACGUUAGUCAGGGACUACACAAUCAAGCAAGUAGAUCCAACACAAGACUGGCAGUGGAACGCCUACUUCACAGUCGUUCCACACUCAUGGCCCGUAUCCAUCGAGAAGAGGGUAUAA